AUGUUGCUACGUUCCAACGACGAACACAAAAAUAAUCUAGAGCCAGUGGAUAGCGGAGACAAUGCACAGAACAGUCCAGUAGACACUAAAUCUGGGGCUAGCAAUGAGGCCGCAGUGGAACAGACGGCCCAGUCCGCUUUCUCAGGUUAUGAGGUCGGAUUCUCGAAAAUAGCUCUGAUUUAUCUUGGGAUCCAAGUAGCUUUAUUCAUGACUUUGAUGGAAUCCACCAUCGUGAGCACCUCUGUCAUCGCCAUAACAAAUGGCUUGGGCGGUUACGUCAAAAGUUCCUGGCUGUUUACAUCUUACAUGUUAACAUUCAGUGGCUUCCCCAUCAUAUGGGCUAAAGCAUCUGACAUCGUGGGCCGAAAACCUUGCUUACUGGCCGCUCUAAUCGUUUUUCUCGUAUUCUCUGCUGCUUGUGGGGCAGCUCAGACACUCAUACAGCUUAUCAUGUUCCGAUGGCUUCAAGGUAUAGGGGCUUCUGGUGUCUUCUCCCUGACAUUGGUCUUCUUUGAGCUUAUCCCCCCCGAAAAGUAUGCAAUAUCCACGAGUGUGACGAACAUGGUUGUAUCGUUGUCGUUCUUGACAGGCCCGCUUGUAGGGGGAGCAGUCACCCUAACCGGGAAGUGGCGAUGGAUCUUCUUGAUGAAUGUUCCAGUGACCUCUGUUGCGCUUGUCAUUCUAUUCUUUGCUUUCCCCAAGCAAUUGUCCCGAGAGCCUGUGGCGAACCGAGCUGCAGAGUCCGUCAUUCAGCGACUGAAGAGAUUCGAUGUGCUAGGAGGCAUGUUGCUUCUUGGUAUUACUGUUUCACUCACUACUGCCCUUCAACAAGCGGCUCAAGGCAUUGCAUUCAGUUCCGCCUUCGUGUGGCCUCUACUGCUAGUCGCAGGCCUCUCACUUCUCGGCUUCCUCAGCUGGCAGAGGUAUAUUACCACAAAGCGUCGGUUUCCGGAACCAGUGCUUCCAUGGCGUUUUCUCCAAAAUCGCGCCUGUGUAGGGAUCAUGCUAAACACCUAUUUCUCAGGAUCCGUCAUGACAAUAUGCGUUGUUCAGAUACCGCAGCGGUUCAUAGUGCUCAACAACAUGAGUCCACUUGGCGCUGGAACCCGCCUUCUGGCUUUUUCCCUAAUGGUUCCGGUAGGAUCAAUCUUCGCAGCCGUGCUGUUAGACAGGAAACUCCUCUCACCCAAUGCUCUUUUAUUGACCGGUGGAACCUUGCAAACAAUUGGGGUUACGCUUUUUGCGACACUGGCGUCUGACACAGACAAGUUGGGACCCCAGUAUGGAUAUCAAGUGAUCGUAGGCAUAGGCCUAGGGUUCGUUACCACAGCGACAUUCCUCCUGAUCCCGAUGAAGAUGGAGAGGCGAGACCUGGCUGUUGGGACGGGUAUGGUAGCCCAGUUUAGGAUUCUCGGUGGUGUUAUUUCCCUUGCGAUCGUUACUUGCAUUUCUACUCCGGUCAUACGGAACGCUUUGCUGGAAUUCAUAUCACCUGAACAUACACACGCUAUACUGGACAGAUUAGAGACCAUAGGCACACUUCCAAAGGAGUUGCAGGCCCAGGUGCGGGACAGUUUCCGUCGUGGUUUCGAUUUACAGAUGACUAUUGCCAUAGGGUUCGCAGCUGCGAACAUCCUGGCUACCGUCAGCAUGAUGGGCAAGGAUAUGUUCUUGGAGGAUUUGAGAUUCUUCACAAGCAAGAAAGAGAGUACUAGCGGUUGA